AUGAACGUAACGGCGCGGAAAACACAGGAGCAGUUGCUGUCCACAGAGCCCUGGUACCACGGACUUCUUCCCCGGGAAGACAUGAAGGUGCUUCUGACGCAGAGGGGCGACUUCCUCGUCCGAUUCACCGAUCCGAAGGUCGGCGAGCCGCGCAAAUUCGUCCUCUCCAUCUUUGCCGUCUCUGCCGACGAUGUAACGCCUCUCAACUUGUCCACGCCUGAAACAGAACAAAAAAGUAUUUGCAGAUCCGUCACUAUGUGAUAAAAGAAGCGGAGAACAAGUUUGCGGUGGACGCGAAGUGGUUUGUGAGCAUCGCCGACAUGCUCAACUACUACCACCGCACCAAGGAGCCCGUCGCCACCGGAGUCAGUCGAUCGAUUGUUUUUCUGAGGAAUCGUCUCGAUUUGUUUGCAGUGCUUCGAUUCGGUGCUCGUCCGUCCGAUCGGUCGUGAGCCAUGGGAGAAGCAGCACUCGGACGUGACGCUCAUCAAGAAACUGGGCGAAGGCGCGUUCGGAGAGGUGCAGCUGGGCGAGAUCCGCAUCGGAAUGACGGUAAAGAAGGCGGCGAUCAAGCUGGCGAAGCUGGAGAGUCUGACGAAGGAGCAGAUCAAGGAGAUCAUGCACGAAGCGAGGCUCAUGCGCAAGUUCAAGCACCCGAACGUCGUCACUUUCUACGGCGUCGCCGCCGGAAUGGAACCCCUCAUGGUCAUUAUGGAGUUGGUCAGUCGGACUUUACUAGGAAAGUACUUUUGAAAGCCCAUCUUUUUACCCAUCUUUUCAAAAGAACUUCCCGACAUUGAACUGAAUGCAGGUUUCGAUUUGCAGGCAGAAAACGGCGCGCUGGACUCGUACCUGAAGAAGAACAUUGGACACUUGACGGUGUGGACGAAGAACGACAUGAUUCUGCAGGCGGCCCGUGGCCUCGAGUACCUCCACUCACUGAACGUCAUCCACAGAGACAUCGCCUCGCGUAACUGCCUCUACGGCAACGGACAAGUCAAGAUUUCGGACUUUGGACUCUCGCGGGAGGGCGCCAACUAUCGACUCAAUCCGCAUAAAAAGUCGGUCAAUUUUUCAUAGCUUUCGAACGAAUUGAAACGGAACCUAUUCGCUCAGGGUCCCGAUCAGAUGGCUGGCGCCAGAAGUGCCCCGGACCGGCUUCUACACUCAGAAAUCGGACGUGUUCGCCUACGGAAUCAUGUGCUGGGAAGUGUACCACGACGGCACCGAACCCUAUCCGGGCAUGUCGGUCGCCGAGGUGUUGCCACGUGUCCAGGACGGAUAUCGCAUGGACUUUGGGCCACAGGUGCCUGACAAGAUUGGCAAAUACAUUACGGUUAGUGCGGAUUGUAAAAAAGGCAAUUGUUUUUUGGAACUUGCUGAAACGGAAAAGCCCAUAUCUCGAGAACAAAUGGUUUUUUCAAAAACUAUCAAUUGAAAUCAGACUUGCAACGCCAAAAUUGGAAAUUUUCCGGCCCGGCCCAGCCCGGCCCGGCCCGGUUGGCCCGGGAGGAUGCACCUAAAAAUUCAAAGCGAACUAGUUUUGCUUCAAUUUCGAAGAUUCAUUGUAAAAACCAGCAGAAAUAGAAAAAAAGACGAAAAAGGCAAUGUUAUAGCAUAAAAACCUGUUAAAAAAUAGAAAUUGCUGUUUAAAGUCGCAAAAUUUUCACAAAAAUUACGAAAAUUUUCUCAAGAGUGGGCGGAGCGAUUGAUUGCAACUCUGGCACGCCAUUUUAGCAAUUUUGCCGCACGCGUUUUCCUCUUCCUUUAUAUUUUUUGCAUAUUUUUUUUGAGGUCUAACUUCCGGGCCGACGAUUUGCUGGCCCGGCCCGGGAUUUGGCAAAACUGAUUGAAAUGAUCAACUUUGUAAUUAAAUAUUUCAUUUAGGAACGUGUGUGCGCCGGUACCGAGUGGGAACGAGUGGCGAUGAGUGAAGUGGUUCGAGAUCUGCCCGGAAUCGAAGGAUUCUCCGAGCCGACGGUGGUACUGCAGAAGAAGCCCUCUCUGUCCGACGGCGGCUACUUUGACGUGCCCGGACAGAAGGCCGCCUCCCCGACCGCCCCUCCGCCACCCCGUCCGCCGGCUCCCCCGCCAGUGAUGGAUGUUCCCGAACCGCCCAGGCCGUCGCCGAUCAUCAACAUCCUUCCGCACAUGUCCCAACCGACCCAACCGCCUACAAAUGCAGCCACGAUCCCUGCGAUGCCGGUUCGUCCCGAAGAGCCGAUCAAGAAAUCGGCGUCCACUAGUGGAGAUGGAGAAGUGUGAGUUUCAACGGGUUUUGUAGCCUUGAGCGAGCAUCUGUGGACCCUAUUUUUGAAUUUUUAAAAUUUUCACGUCUAGUUGAUUUUUUUGCAGUUGACAACUUUUGGGUGUGACCACUUUGAAGAGUACUAGAGCUUGUGGAAGUUGGGAUCCAUUUUUGCUGGCCCCUACUUUCAAGAGCUACAGUAGGCUUAGGAAUAGUAGUACAAAGAAGUUGUCAACUGCGAAAAUGGACCACUAAAGAUUUCCUGCAGGAAAAAACCGCGUAAGCCGGUGCGUCAGGGAACGCCGGGAUCGAGGGCUCCGAACAACAUUUCGGGCAUGCGAAGCUCCUCGUUGGCCGCCGGAAACACCAAUGUGAAGAGUGUGGUGAUGACGAAGAACCGGAAGAAGAAUGCGGCGAGUCAGUGCCAGGAUCCGUCGCGCAUUUCCAACGACGCUCCCCGCUCGAACACGUCGUUUCUCGGCAAACUGGCGAAGAAGAAGCAAAAGGAGAAGAAGGGCGUUUCGCAACAACAGAAUUAG